AUGCAUCUCGAUCUACAAAAACGGCAAGAUGAAGGUGGUCAGUCCGGCGAUGGUCAGUCCGGCGGUGGUGACGAUACCGAUUGGUGGUAUUCUUCGACCGCCGAAGUUGUCAAAUGGGUUGUUUUUCUUUCCAUAGUUGUCCUGCUUUUAACCUGGGUGGUUGGUGGUUCCCUCCACGCUCAGCGUCGUCGGAGGAGAGGCCUCCCUCCGCUAGCAUAUCACCGAGUAAUUAUCCAAGCCAGAGAGAAGCAUAAACAAAAAGCUAACAGUGGCAUCAAGUUUCUGGUACCUCGCUCAUACCGCAUGCCACCGAGGCAGACAAUCGACCAUGCCCCGCCUCUACCAUAUUAUUACCAUCCAUCGGGUAAUGGCGCGUCCAACGAGUAUCCUAUGUAUCCAGCACCCCCGCCACCAGCUUAUGGACAGGAUUUCGACCCUCCACCUCAAUAUCAGCCUCCACUAGGUGCAUCAAAAGUGGAUCCUUCACAGCAGCGCCAAGUCCCUUCCGUAUAUGUUGGAGAGUCAUCUCGCGCUGGUGACUCGUCACCAGCGCGACCUGAGCCAUCGAGGCAACCUUCCGAGCGAGGUGGGGCAAAUUAA